AUGAAUCGGAGCCCCGGGGGGUACAUCCCUGCGCUGCUGCGCCUCUGGUCUAACAACGUCAGGGGCUUGAACGCCCCGGAGAGGCGUUCCCAUCUGCUGCGAUCCUUAUGGGCAGCCAGAGCCUCGGUGGCCUUCCUACAGGAGACUAAUUUCCGUGGAUUGGCCAGCCCCACGCUCCGCGAUGAGAGGUUCCCGCUGGAAUAUUUCACAAACCACAGGGAAGCCAAGAGAGCCAUCCUAUUCACCAGCCACGUACCCUUUAUCUGCACAGAUGAAAAGACAGACCCGCUGGGACGAUACCUGUUUCUCAAGGGCACCAUCGCAGAUACACAUUUGACUCCAUAUAAGCCCCGAAUACCAAGCAACAUAGCUUCAUCUCCAAAACCCUAA